AUGAUUCUUGCCUUGCUGAUUUUGAGUGCCAUGGCCAUCGUGGUCACUGUGACCUCUUUACCACUCAAGACAGCAAUGCUUUCCACAAAGUCAGAAGCAACUCUGCCCCAGCCUCUUCAAGGUACGAGACCCGGCGGAGUCGAGAGCAAUUACCAAGGUAUUGUAUCGCGCCCUGGCAACACAGGAAGCAUUAUAACGUAUUCUGAUAGUAUCUUUCGAUCGGAGCGCGAGACACGGUAG